AUGCUGCUGUUCAUCUCCGUCUGGCUCAGUGUGUGUAGUUCCAUACUGGGUUCUGUGGUUCCUCCUUCGUGUGUAUCUGUGUAUCGAGGCUUUGCUCAGUGUUUAGUGACUCUUGGAGAUGAUGUAAACAGACAAAUUGACAAUAACCCCAAUAUCGACUCCAUCUGCAGAUCCUGGGACGCCUUUGAGCGGUGUGUGAGCGGCGUGCUGUCUGACUGCCGCGGAAAUGCAGCAGAUAUUUGGGAGUCCUUGAAAGUGGAGUCACGGAGGACGCAGUUCUCAGGAAACCUUUAUGAAAUGUGUGCCAGUCGCACCCUGACGUCUCCUCGGACCCCGCCCACUGCCGAUCAGACCAAUCAGGAGUCUCUGAAAGGCAGAGGUGCGAGCAGCGAUCACGUCUGUUCCGUGUGCUCGCUCCUGUCCUGUGUGGUCUGUGUACUGAUCAGACUUAUUUAAAAUGCUGGUGCGGAUGUAUA